GGCCUACCGAACUCUUCAAUUAUUUAUUCAACCCCCUUAACUCUAAUAUAAACAUAUAGAACGAUUAAAAGUUGGCAACGACGGCAACAACAAUUGUUUCCAUAUCCCUGGGCUCGCUUUCAUCAACUACAACGAGAUCCGGAACUCCGGGCCUGGGUAUUUCCUCGCUCGCCAUAGGCACUAGAUACAAACGAAGCUUAGUCGCGAAAGCGGUACCGACCAAUCGAUGACCUCGUCAUCGUCGAGCUCCUCGUCCUCGGACCACGAAUCUUCGUCGAAUCGCAAACAUGAUCCAUCUUCGAAAUUAGAUAACAAUGUCGAUCUCGCGUGGUCGGAAAGCACGAUAAGAGUAAAUGCUGGGGAGGCUGCCGGACUGGAUAGGCUCAAUGAGAACUCCCCUCUGCUCUCCCCCAGCGGGGCCGAACACGACUUCCUACACGAGGAACACUCGAAACAAGCCGAAGAUGAGUUCCAGAAGACUAAGAGCAUCUGGUACCUCUUACUUCUGACACUUAGUCUCGGAGGAUUGCAGGUUGCUUGGGCAGUAGAGUUAUCCAAUGGCACCCCAUAUCUGUUAUCUCUUGGUCUGAGCAAGUCUCUUAUGGCUCUUGUGUGGGUUGCCGGUCCGCUCACUGGGACUCUGGUCCAGCCAUACAUUGGUAUGCUCAGCGAUAACUGUAGAGUGUCUUGGGGGAAACGCAAGCCUUUUAUGCUGGGUGGUGCUGCAGCCACGUCACUAGCUUAUAUGUUUCUCGCCUGGAUUAGGGAGAUUAUCGGAGGAUUCCUCAGCGUGUUCGGUGCGGAUCCGGAAUCUCGCGGCGUAAAGGUCACUAUCAUCGUUGUCGCUGUUAUCUGGAUUUACGUACUGGAUAUUGCUGUCAAUACAGUACAAGCGUCUAUUCGGGCUUUCAUCGUCGACUGCGCUCCAUCCCACCAGCAGGAAGCCGCGAACUCCAUGGCUAGUAGGAUGGUUGGUAUUGGCAACAUCAUCGGUUAUAUUGCCGGUGGUAUUAAUCUCCCAAAAUACGUCUGGUUUUUUGGAGGCAGUCAAUUCAAGGACCUGUGUGCGAUAGCCAGCAUUUUCCUCUGCUCCACAAUAGUGUUGAGCGUAGUACUCAUUCCCGAGCGUAAUCCCCAGCUCAGUGGACGUCCAGCUACCGGCCAGCCUGGUAUUUUAUCGUUUUUUGUAAAGAUCUUCGCCGCUAUAAAGAGACUCCCCCCACAGAUAUCCAAAGUUUGCGUCGUUCAGAUUGCUGCGUGGGUUGGAUUCUUCCCCAUGCUUUUCUAUACGUCUUCCUAUAUCGGAGAAAUCUACGUUCAACCCUUUUUAGAAGCAAAUCCCCACAUGACUCCAGAAGAACUAGAUGAGCUCUACGAGAGGGCAACCCGGGUGGGGACUUUCGCCCUUCUAAUAUUUUCUAUCGCAAGCUUAGCAACUAACGUCCUACUACCGUUCUUCAUCGACCCAACCUAUGACAAUAGUCCCGCUGUCGCCAACCCCCAUGGAGAAAUCCAUAGCAACAUUACGGGUGGGAAAAGUUUUCUGGAUCGGUUAGUAAUUCCAGGAUUUACGCUACGGAGAGCAUGGUUAUUGUCCGAGCUCCUUUUCGCUGGGGCGAUGUUCUGCGCUGUACUUGUCCGAUCGGUUCAGGCAGCGACUUUCCUCAUUGGCCUUAUUGGUAUUACAUGGGCUCUAGCAUUGUGGGCACCAUGGGCCAUUAUCAGCGCUGAAAUAAGUCGUCGUGAUAUAUUAUACCAGGCCCGGAAGCAACAGAUGAGAUCUCUUGCACGUGACCAGGACCUAGAUUCUGCUGAUUCGGUCAACGGACUCGACGAAGAUUCGCGAUUGAAGGCCGACGAAGAUGCACCAGACCAGGCUGGUGUUAUUCUCGGCAUCCACAACAUGGCUAUUGCUUCGCCACAGUUUAUCGCUACUCUUGGCUCCAGCAUAAUCUUCCGAAUUUUCCAAAAACCAAGAGGUGUUCCUGGCGAUCAUAGUCUUGGUAUUGUCCUAGCUUGUGGUGGCUUCUUUGCUCUCAUUGCUGCGUACUUUAUUCAUAAAAUCAGCGACGAUAUGCCCGAUCCAGAAGUUGCUAUGUACGCCGCGGAACAAGGCGAUCUAAUCAAUUCCCGACCAGGCACAUCACAUAGCAAGAGGAGCAUUAGCCAAUCUCGAACCAGUCUAGAUCGGGCGACCGAGGCCAGAAGUGGCAGUUAUAGCGCUGGGUUAGAAUACUAGGACUUGUCCGAUGGGCCAUUAUAUUGACCAUAAGCACGAUAUCCACACGAAGUUGAGAACUUUGCUUUUUUGCUCUGCGCGUUCAGCAGUAUAAUGGUCUACGAGUAAUGAAACACACAUGUAUUUCGGUUAGUUAGGGAUUGGGGUUCUAGAUGUAAAUUGCCUCGGAGCGCUGGCGACUGCUGCUCAUGUAUCGAGAAAUGUGUCUGUAUUCUAGUUUACGAGGUUAUUUUCAGCGUGCUAAUAAAUGAUUGUUUAGUAUUGGGACGUGUUCCAGGCCAUCUUAGAAAACCGGAAAUCCCACGGGGUAUGGCGGAAAUGCAGGGCGGCUGGCAUUGGCUGCGAUUCCCAAUAGGCUAAAUUCCCCUACGUAUAAUCCCCCAUGUCUAA